AUGAGGAGCCUGCCGAACAUCAUCGUUACGGGCGUGCCCGGAGUGGGCAAGACGACCCUGUGUGAGGAGCUAGUGGAAAUAAUUAACAAAGAAUUGAACAAGAACCCACAACCACAGUCGCCACAUAACCAAAUGAAACACCUGAACCUAUCUACGGUGAUCAAAGAGGAAAGACUCUACCAAGAAUUUGAUGACCAGCUAGAUGCAAGCAUCUACAGUAACGAGAUGGUAAAUGAAAAAUUAGAACAACUCAAGUUAGAAAAUGGAGGAUACAUAAUUGACUUCCACGAUGUAGAGUUCCCUGAACAAAAGGAACUCAUUGAUCACAUUUUUUUAUUAACCAUUUCAACCAACAAGUUAUAUGAACGACUAGAAAAAAGAAAUUACUCCGAGGAGAAAAUAAAAAAUAAUAUCGAGUGCGAAAUAUUUCAAGUCAUAAAAGAGGACAUACUCAACUACUAUGAAGACUCGUCCAUUUUUGAGGAGCUCGAGAAUAAUGACAUGCAGCAGUACGAGAGCAACGUGCAGGUCAUUAAGGGGUGGGUACUCUCAUGGAGGAAGAGCAACGAGCCGCUGCCGAGGUGA